UUCACGUGCGUCACAGGAACACGUUUCGAGGAUACACAGCAGCAGGAGCAGGAGAAGCUGCUCGGCUUCAAAACUACAACAGAGUCCGGGUUUAUCCGAGUUUCUGGUCACGUUUCUCUGCUUCCAGUCACUACGUUGUUCCGCAGACUUUUCUCCAGAGUUGUGUGCACGUCGAAGAUGGGGAAACGAAGCAGACAACGGCAGCAGCAACACCAGAACAGAGACAGAGACACCAGGGACAACGCUAGCUGGGGAGCUGGCUAUGCAGACAUUGUCAAGGAGAACAAGCUUUUUGAGCACUACUACAUGGAGCUAGGCUUGGUGCCUGAAGGAGAGUUUGAACAGUUUAUGGAGGCGAUGAGGGAGCCGCUGCCAGCAACCAUCCGCAUCACUGGAUACAAGAGCCAUGCCAAGGAGAUCCUCCACUGUCUGAAGGAAAAAUACUUCAAGGAUAUUCAAGAGCUGGAGAUUGAUGGCCAGAAGAUUGAGGCUCCACAGGCUCUUUGCUGGUAUCCCGAUGAUCAGGCCUGGCACACUAACAUGAGCAGAAAGAUCAUCAGAAAGUCGCCCCUGCUGGAGAAGUUCCACCAGUUUCUGGUCAGCGAGACAGAAUCAGGUAACAUCAGUCGACAGGAGGCUGUCAGUAUGAUUCCUCCUCUGCUUCUGAAGAUUGAGUCACACCACAAGAUCCUGGACAUGUGUGCGGCUCCAGGGUCGAAGACAGCCCAGCUGAUUGAGAUGCUGCAUGCUGAUAUGGAUGUGCCAUUUCCAGAGGGCUUUGUGAUUGCCAAUGACGUGGACAACAAACGCUGCUACCUGCUGGUGCAUCAGGCCAAGCGUCUCAACAGCCCGUGCAUCAUGGUGGUCAACCAUGACGCCUCCUGCAUCCCCAGACUGCAGAUCGAGUCAGACGGAAAGAAGGACAUCCUCUUCUAUGACCGCAUUCUGUGUGACGUGCCCUGCAGUGGGGACGGCACCAUGAGGAAGAACAUAGACGUGUGGAAGAAAUGGACGACCAGCAACAGCCUGCACCUCCACGGGCUCCAGCUGCGGAUCUCAGUGCGCGGGGUUGAACAGCUGGCUGUGGGAGGACGGAUGGUCUACUCCACCUGUUCACUCAACCCUAUAGAGGACGAAGCUGUCAUUGCAGCUCUGCUGGAAAAGGGCGAAGGAGCACUGGAGCUGGCUGACUGCUCUGCUGACCUGCCCGGGCUGAAGUGGAUGCCUGGCGUCACUUCCUGGAAGCUGAUGACCAAAGACGGCCAGUGGUUCUCAGACUGGUCUGAAGUUCCAAGCAGCCGGCACACGCAGAUCCGUCCCACUAUGUUCCCGCCAAAAGACCAAGAGAAACUGGCAGAUAUGCACCUGGAGAGAUGUAUGAGGAUUCUGCCACAUCACCAGAACACUGGAGGCUUCUUUGUGGCCGUGCUGGUGAAGAAAGCACCGAUGCCGUGGAACAAAAGAAAUCCCAGGCUGAGAAAGGAUGUGCCGUCCAGCUCAGCGGCCCAGACUGAAGCCUCCCCGGCGGCUUCAACCCCAGCAGAUGCUCCCCGCCUCCCCGAGAGUGUCGAGGGGGAGGAGGGAGACCCUGAGAGGAAAGUAGGUGAGGAGGCAGAGGAGGAGGCGUCCAAAGGAGCUUCUCUGCCUCAGGAGACUUCUGCUAAACAAGAGGCGUGUGGUCUGGUUCCUCCGGUUUCCAGGCCUCCGCCCAUGAAAAAGAUGAGGCUGUUUGGUUAUAAGGAAGACCCGUUUGUGUUCCUGACCGGCGACGACCCCGUCUUCACCAGCAUACAAUCUUUCUAUGAUCUGUCGCCUGACUUCCCCAAGCUCAACGUUCUGACGCGGACCCACGAGGGCAAGAAGAGACACCUGUACAUGGUGUCGAAAGAGCUCCGCAACGUGCUGCAGAACAACAGCGAGCGCCUUAAGGUCAUUAACACAGGAGUGAAGGUUUGGUCUCGCAACAGUGAUGGAGAGGAGUUUGGCUGUGCCUUCAGACUGGCUCAGGAGGGAAUCUACACUCUUCAGCCGUACAUUCGCUCCAGGAUAAUCAAAGUGAGUGUGGAGGAUAUCAAAGUGCUGCUCACCCAGGAGAACCCCUUCCUCAGCAAACUGGAGGAGGACGCGCACACUCAGGCCAAGAAGCUGAACAUGGGCAGCAUCGUGCUGAAGUACAUUCCCAACCCAAGUAACCCUGCAGAGCCCCAGUGCUCCAUUCAGCUGUGUGGCUGGAGGGGAAAGACGUCCAUCCGUGCCUUCGUCCCACGCAACGAGCGAUAUCAUUACCUCCGAAUGUUAGGCGUGGAGGUCUUCAGAGACAAACAGGGCCAAGGGCAGAAACAGAGAGACGGAGACAAGGAGGAGGGAAAGGAUGAGGUGGAGAAGGUAACAGAGGAGGAGGAGGAGGAUGUAGUAGCAGCAGCGGGAAAUCAGGAGGGAGAGCUGGACUUGGAGAACGGCUCUGAAAACACUUCUGAAAACGGUUCAACGCAACCGAAGACGGAAGGCAGCAGCCAGGGGACGAAUAGCUGAGAAUUUAGCCAAAACAGGAGAGAGAGGAAGACUGAGAACGUAUCGGAGCUCUACCUUUACUGGUUUCUCUGUUUAUCACACUGAAGGAUGAUGGACUCCCUUGAUAUUUUCCGUUUGUGGACCCCUCUAGGAAUCAGCUUUUUGUUUUUAUUUUAUUGACAUAGCUGUUUUUUCACAUUUUAACAGUUUAUUCCACUUGAUGGGGUGGCGUCAGUUUUUUUUUUUGUGUCCUGUGGCACAUGUUUGAGACGUUUAUAUUUACUGCCAUUUAUUUUUUACACCCGUCAGCAGAAAUUCAAAUUUAAAACCGUGUCACAGGUCAAAUUUAGUGUUUGACUUCAGUCUUGUUCUUUUUAAGUUCAGCACAUUAAACACCGAUGUUACAUUUGUACAAGUUAUGUGUAACAAGUGAAAGGAAAUCAAAUAAAACAAUUAACGUUA